UGUUGUGAUAAACUUAUUAAAUAGAUCUAUUGAUUGAGUUUUCAAGAGAUGGCUCUUGGGUAUGUAACAGCACCUGCGCAGACUGCAAAGAUUCAUCAUCAAGAGCAGAAUACGGAAGUAUUCGUAGACCAGACAUGUCUAGGCAAAGGCGUAGUCUACAUCACAGAAGACAAUGUGGUGUGGCAAAAUGUAGAUGGGACUGGAUUUGAACUGUACUACCCCAACAUCCAGCUGCAUGCAAUCUCUAGAGACAAGAACGCCUUCAGCAAAGACUGUCUAUUCCUCAUGGUCGAAGGACACCUCCUUCCCACUUCCCAACGAACGCAAUCAAGACAUGCAGACAUGGCACAGAAUGAGGACGAAGAGGACGAAAAAAGCGAGAACGGUAGUAACUUAGACGCAGAGGAUGACACUUGCUGCGAAGUGCGUUUCUGUCCGGAUAAUGUGCUGGAUCUGGAGCCAAUGUUCCAGGCAAUGAAUCAGUGCCAGGAGCUUCACCCAGACCCCACAAUGAACGAAUACAGUGGAGAGGAAGAUGAAGGCGAAUGUGACUUCAUGCCGGAAUUUGGAUCUGGCGACCAAGCAAUAAUCCCUUUAUCACACACGGAAGAUAUCGAAGUGGGUGCUCCUCCAUCUGGCAUGGAACAAUUUUUCUCCUCGGAUGGACAGUUCUCGGAUGACAUUUUGAGACAACUCCAAGCAGGACAACAAGUGCAUAUAGAUUUUACUACCAAUACUGCCACCACAACACCAGCAGCACCCGAACCCCAGUCAAACACAGCAUCCAAUGGCGAUGGAUUAGAACCAGAGGGCAUGGAAAUGGAACAGCAACAUGAACAGUGAUUACAGUCUGAAGUUUUUAAUGCAUGCUAGCCAGAUUACGUCCGAAAAGUGUCGUUUGAAAGGAAAUGAAAGCUGUUUGUUCCUUUCCACGGAAAAAACCAAAUGACUCAAAUAAAUUGUUUAUUUGACCGACGCGAGUUUGAUUAUUUGUUUAAUGCAGAAUUUUGCAUCAGUGAUUGCAAUUAUAAAAUAUGACUGUUGGUUAGAAAUUCAAAAUUGUUUGUCUUCUA